UGGCGGCAAAUAGAAAUACAAGUAUAUUUUUUUUUCAAUUUGUAUUGCAAAUUGUUAUUCGUAUUUCAUUUACUUUGUAGUUAGAGUUCUAUUGUUUUUGCACAUGUAACAAUAGUUCUGAAGUUCCGUAAUUUCGUAGUUCUUAAGUCUUAGUAAUAGCAUUUGAUAAGGAUAACACUGAUAGAAUUAUGGCGAGAACUAAGGCAUCUGUAGGUGCAAAGGUGUCUAUGGGUAAAAGCAGUAAGGCAAGAUGUAGCGCUGCUCCACCACCAAGUAACAGCAGUUCAUCAGGUGAAAGGACUUCUCGGAGCUAUUCUGGUGGUAAUCCUGUCUGUCCUCGAGAGAUCCCUAAGUGGCAGAAGCCAAUAACAACAUUUAUUUUCACCAAGCAAAAAAAAAUAACUGAAGAUUCUGAUGCUGCAGGCAGCUCAAAACCAAAACUAAAACGCCAGAUCAUAUAUUCAGAUGAAGAAAGUGAUUCAGAUACCAAAAAUAAUAAUGGUGAUAUGAAUAAUGAACUUGAUAAAAGUGACAAUACUAAUGAAACAGAAAAUGUGGAAAGCCAAGGCAAAGAGAAUGAAAUGACUAAAAAUGUAGAUGAUAAAUGUGAACUUGCUGAGAGUCAAAUAUAUGGAGGAGAAAGUCAGGACUAUGACUUAUUAGAAUCACCACCAAAGAACAGGGAACUAGAUGAAUCUAUAGUAUUAGAACCUCUGACUGGUGAAAGUAGUCAUAAGUUAGAGGAAUAUUACCCAAAAACAGCAAAAAAGUCUAAAGGAGUCAGUAAAAUUAUUGAUAAAGAAAAUUUUAAUAAUAAAGUUAAACGUAACUUGGAUGAUGCUUAUGAAGAGUCACCAAAUAAGAAGAUGAGAAUAGAAUGAGGCACUUAAAAAUUUUAAAAAGGGAGGGAUAGUGCUUUUUCAAGGACAUGUUACUCCUGAGAUUUAAUGGCUGUUUAUAUCUGAUUUAAGAGUUCAAUUAUAAAUUUAAAUCUUUUAUUUUGUUACCUCGAAUUAGCUAGUAAGUGAAUAUUAAGUUUCUGAAUAAAUUUCUUCUAAUUCA